AUGUCCGUUUUUAAGAGGGAAUUAUCAGGCUCCCUCCUAAAAUGUCGGUUUGUUCGCCCGGGGACGGGACAGUUGAUCGUUAAUUGGGCCAAGAAUAUUGGGCUUCAAACGCUCGGCUUCAAAUCUCAAUUCUCGAGCUGUACUUGGGCCCUUUCCGGCCUGACUCCAAAGAAGCCCACAGAAAAAUCUGUUCCGAUAGCUACUGGAAAGCCACGUCACCAGCGUCACAUGCCGAGCACACCAUAUAAGGUUUGCUCUUUCGACAAAAUGUCAUCACCAAGCAAGAGGCGAGAUAUGGAUGUCAUGAAACUAAUGAUGAGCGACUACUCCGUGGAGCCCAUUGAAGAUGGCAUCAACAAGUUCAAUGUGGAAUUUUAUGGCCCAAAAGAAAGUCCCUAUGAAGGUGGAUUUUGGAAAGUUCGUGUGGACCUUCCGGAUGCGUAUCCUUACAAGUCUCCUUCCAUUGUGUUUGUCAAUAAGAUCUUCCACCCAAAUGUUGACGAGCAGUCUGGUUCUGUAUGCUUGGAUGUUAUUAACCAGUCAUGGAGUCCAAUGUUCGAUUUGUUGAAUGUGUUUGAGGUUUUCCUCCCGCAGCUUCUACUCUACCCGAAUCCAUCGGACCCACUUAACGGCGACAAUAGGAUAAGCUUGUGGGGCGAGAACAUGUCAACUUCAGCAAAUACCGAGUUCGAGUCGAGCUGGAAUUUAUCGGGUAACAAUUUUCAGGCCCUUUGCUUCAUAUGUGCCUGA